AUGUACGUCCAAGGUCCCGAGUACAUCUGCUGCAUCCCCCAACGCAAUCAGUCUCACCACAUGUUGUGGUGGACACCCACCCUUGCUGAUUGCCCCAUGAUUCCCAAUUCACCAUUCUCCAUCUCCAUUUGCAUACUCAAGCCAGAACUCCUGAAGGGGUACAAGGAUCUUCAUGACAAGCUUCGAUUAUUUGGGAUGAUGUACAAAGAAAUCCUACUGGGCAUAGCAGAAUUCCAGAGGGCUGUCCUUGACAUCCAUGCAUGGAUCAAUUUCAUAGACAUCUAUCAACCUUGUCUGUUUCCUGGACCCAAUGGCAUGGUGAAGUAUGAUGCCAAUCAGGAUCUGAUGGGGGCUUUCACAGAAAAGGUUCAGGUCGCUCAACAACUGCAGGCAAUGGGGAUCCCUGUAUGGCUGAUCCUCCCCUCAUUUCGAAUCCUCCCCACCAUGAAUGUCAACAUCCCAUCUUUCCAGCAACAUUGCAAGAUGAUCGUUCUUGAGCAUUUCAAAGAUCAUGAGGGCAAUUUAGACCCAUACCCUGUUCUGGCGACUGUUGACAAGACUUCAUUAAGGGGAAAGCUAGUAUUGGGGGAGUUUGAGAUGAAUCUUACCUGUUACCAUCCAGCAGUGUCGGACAACAACCCUCAGCUUCCAGAAGUGUCAGACAACAACCCGCACCAUCCUCAAAAUGUGGGUCUCACCAUUCUAAGCUUAACAUAUGUAGUAAUUGUGAAUUCUGGCAGUUCUGCUUUCUGUGGCCUCUCAGCAGCUGUCCUGAUGCUCAUCGGUACCAUCCAUCCCACCAGUCAUGCCCAACCCAACACGUCAUGGUGGUCCAGGACCUUUGAAGUGUUCUUGCAUAGCUGA